AUGUCCCAGAAGCCAGAGGAAUCCAAAGCACUCCAGAUUCCGAGCCUAUUCUCGGCCAAGGAGGAGCCAGUUUCAGUGCCACCAGACUACCUUCUGCAGCGCGACGAGCCAGUCGACUUCACGCCUACGUUUCCAGUAUAUUACUUCUUCUAUGGAACUCUAACCUCCCCGGCCCAGCUGAAAAGGAUCCUCGACCUGCCGAAGGAGCCGCAACUCCGCAAAGCGGAGGUAAAUGGUUUCGCCAUUGCAAAAUGGGGCGAUUAUCCCGCCCUGAUCAAUGGGAAAAAAGAGGAUGUGGUGACGGGAUCUACGUACCUGGUGAAAUCCGAAGAAGAAGCCCAGAAGCUGUCGCAUUAUGAGACGAACGCCUACGAAGUUGCAGAUUGCCAGAUCUACUUUAAAGAUGAUAAAGACCCCAAGGCAUUCGGUGGCAAAGUUUUCGUGUACGCGGGUGAUGCUCAGGCUCUACUAGAACAACGAUUCGACCGCAAACUCUGGAAUCGGCAGAUGGCAGGGAAAUUGGGGCGAUAG